GCAAGAGGUUCACUGCUCAUGUUUGUAGCUAAAUUCCUAGCUUUCAUGACCAUUGGUGGAUUCCCUUCUUUCGUGGAGGACAUGAAGGUAUUUGAACGAGAAAGAUUAAAUGGGCAUUAUGGGACAAGUACAUAUGUAAUCGGCAACACAUUUUCUGCUGUUCCAUACUUGUUAUUGAUUUCAUUGAUUCCCGGAGCAAUUGCUUAUUACCUUCCUGGACUUCACAAAGGAGUUGAACACUUCAUAUACUUUGCUGCCGUGCUAUUUGUUUGCAUGAUGCUGGUGGAGAGCCUGAUGAUGAUUGUUGCAAGCCUCGUGCCUAAUUUUCUAAUGGGUAUAAUAAUGGGUGUCGGAAUUCAAGGGCUCAUGCUUUUAGUCGGCGGAUUCUUCCGAUUGCCAAACGAGAUGCCCAAGCCAGUUUGGAGAUAUCCAUUCUACUACAUUGCUUUCCACAAGUAUGCCUACCAACGGAUGUUCAAGAACGAGUUUGAAGGGCUAACCUUUCCUGGCAAUCCCGCCGGAGGGCCACGCAGAGUUAAUGGUGAAGAAAUUUUGAGGGAUACGUGGGAAAUGGAAAGGGUUUACUUUAAGUGGGUGGAUCUUGCUAUCUUGUUGGGAAUGGUAGUUUUGUAUCGAAUUUUGUUUCUGGUUAUCGUUAAGAGCAGUGAGAAGAUUAGGCCUGCUUUAAGAGCUUUCUUGUUGGUGCCUCCCAAGCAAACAGCAACGGUCAUGGUAAAUCCUUCUGCUACACCUUUACACGGGGAGAGUCUGUAGAAGAGUGCAUUGAUGAAAGUGUAAUAAUAUUAGCAAAUAAUGUUGAGGAGAUGCAACUCAAUAUUAGAGAAUAGUGU